UGACAUCCCUGCACCGGCGAGCCUAUCGCUCAUCUCUAUUUGCCACGUUCAUGUUCAUUCACAUUUUACUUGGAGUCGCAGACACGCCAAGUUAUCAAACUGGAUUUGGUCAAAGGAGAGUAAACUAGGCCGGAUUUUUUGGAUUUUACAGUACCUGUACUGUAAACGACUUGGAACGAAAAAGGACUCUUCUCUUUUUUUAAGUAAUGCAAGCAGCAGCCGUGAUGGAGGAAUCUAACGCAACUACCAUCGAGCAGCAGCCCAUCGCCCUCAUUAAUGGCCAAGAGCAGGUGUCCAACGAGCAGCAACCAUCUUCGCCCACUUCUGUGGCCACGCCCACUAGCACCACCAGCGGUGGCACUGGCAAUGCCACGCCCGCCUUCAGCUACGACGACCUGUUCCCGGCCCUGCCGGCCAACAACUCGGCGCCGUCGCAGUCCGGAGCUUCCAGCCUGACAAUCGCCCGGGUAACCAGCUCCCAGAAGACUCAGGUCUUGCAUGUUCCUUGCGAGGAGCGCAAGUCCACCGAGUCGGAAAAGUUCGGUGAGGGCGAGUCGAAGAGGAUCUGCCAGCAGAUCACCAAGGAAACUGGCGCCCAGAUCGAGAUCGUGAGCGGAAAGAACCAGUCGCUGACGUUCCUGAUCAAGGGCAAGCAGAGCGAGCUGCUCGAUGCCCGCCGCAAGAUUCUGAUGAGCUUCUCGACCCAGGCCAGCCGCCAGGUGACCAUUCCCCGGGAGCACUACCGCGUGAUCCUCGGCAAGGGUGGCCAGCGCCUGCGCGACCUCGAGCGCUCGACAUCGACACGCAUCAACAUCCCCAACCAGAACGAUGAGAGCGAGUUCAUCACCAUUGCCGGCACCAAGGAGGGCAUCGAGAAGGCCGAGCAGGAGAUCCGCCAGCUGUCCGCCGAGCAGUACAAGAAGUCCUCGGACCGUACCACGGUGCCCAAGAUCUACCAUCCGUUCAUUGUCGGCCCCUACAGCGAGAACCUCAACAAGCUGCAGGAGGAGACCGGUGCCAAGAUCAACGUGCCGCCGCAGCAGGUGCAGAAGGACGAAAUCAUCAUUUCUGGCGAGAAGGAUGCCGUCGCCGCUGCCAAGGCCAAGGUGGAGGCCAUCUACAAGGAGAUGGAAAAGAAGUGCUCCACCGUCAGUGUGGAGGUGGCGAAGGCCCAGCACCGCUACGUCAUCGGUCCCAAGGGCUCCACCAUUGCCGAGAUCCUGCAGCUGACCGGUGUUUCCGUUGAGAUGCCCCCCAACGACUCCACCUCGGAGACGAUCACCCUGCGCGGACCCCAGGUGGCCCUCGGAAACGCCCUCACGGUCGUCUACCAGAAGGCCAACUCGGUCAAGUCUAUGGAGAUCAAUGCCCCGCACUGGAUCCACAAGUACGUGAUCGGACGCAAGGGCGCUAACAUGAAGCAGCUGGAGGAGGAGUGCCCCAACGUCAACGUCAACUGCCUGGAGGACAAGAUCAAGCUCGAGGGCGAUCCCGAAAAUGUGGACAAGGCCGUCCUCUAUCUGACCGACAUCAUUCGCAACUACGAGGACAACUUCACCUUCGAGGUGAUGACCGUGAACCCAUCGUACUACAAGCACAUCAUCGGCAAGGCUGGCGCCAACGUCAACCGGCUGAAGGACGAGCUGAAGGUGAACAUCAACAUCGAGGAGCGCGAGGGCCAGAACAACAUUCGCAUCGAGGGACCGAAGGAGGGUGUGCGGCAGGCGCUGCUUGAAUUACAAGAAAAAAUCGACAAACUGGAAAACGAAAAAUCGAAGGAUGUGAUCAUCGACCGGCGGCUCCAUCGCUCAAUCAUCGGAGCCAAGGGCGAGAAGAUUCGCGAGGUGAAGGACCGCUACCGCCAGGUGACCAUCACGAUACCCACCCCCCAGGAGAACACGGACAUUGUGAAGCUGCGUGGACCCAAGGAGGAUGUCGACAAGUGCCACAAGGAUCUGCUGAAGCUGGUCAAGGAGAUCCAGGAGUCAUCGCACAUCAUUGAGGUGCCCAUUUUCAAGCAGUUCCACAAGUUCGUCAUCGGCAAGGGCGGCGCCAACAUCAAGAAGAUUCGCGACGAGACCCAGACCAAGAUCGAUCUUCCCGCCGAGGGCGACACCAACGAGGUUAUCGUCAUCACCGGCAAAAAGGAGAACGUCCUGGAGGCCAAGGAGCGCAUCCAGAAGAUCCAGAACGAGCUCUCCGACAUCGUUACCGAGGAGGUGCAGAUCUCGCCCAAGUACUACAACUCCAUCAUCGGCACUGGCGGCAAGCUCAUCUCCUCGAUCAUGGAGGAGUGCGGCGGAGUGUCCAUCAAGUUCCCGAACAGCGAUUCCAAGAGCGACAAGGUCACCAUUCGCGGUCCCAAGGACGAUGUGGAGAAGGCCAAGGGCCAGCUUCUGGAGCUGGCCAACGAACGCCAGCUGGCUUCGUUCACGGCCGAGGUGCGCGCUAAGCAGCAGCACCACAAGUUCCUCAUCGGCAAGAACGGCGCCUCCAUCCGUAAGAUUCGCGAUGCCACCGGCGCCCGCAUCAUCUUCCCCUCGAACGAGGACACCGACAAGGAGGUCAUCACCAUCAUUGGCAAGGAAGAGAGCGUGAAGAAGGCCCGCGAGCAGUUGGAGGCCAUCAUCAAGGAGUGCGACGAGGUGACGGAGGGCGAGGUGGCCGUCGACCCCAAGCACCACAAGCACUUUGUGGCCAAGCGCGGCUUCAUCCUCCACCGCAUCGCCGAGGAGUGCGGCGGAGUGAUGAUUUCGUUCCCCCGAGCCGGCACCAACUCCGACAAGGUGACGAUCAAGGGCGCCAAGGACUGCAUCGAGGCGGCCCGCCAGCGCAUCGAGGAGAUCGUGGCCGACUUGGAGGCGCAGACCACCAUUGAGGUGGUGAUUCCACAACGGCAGCACCGCACCAUCAUGGGCGCUCGCGGCUUCAAGGUCCAGCAGGUCACCUCGGAGUUCGAUGUGCAGAUCAAGUUCCCCGAUCGCGAUGCCACCGAUCCUGUCGAGGGUCUGACCAAUGGCGGCAGCGACGUCAACGGCGGUGGCGACUCCCAGGAUGGCAGUCAGGAGUCGGAGGCUGCCGAGCCGGUACGCCAGUGUGAUGUCAUCCGCAUUACGGGCCGUAUCGAGAAGUGCGAGGCCGCCAAGCAGGCUCUGCUGGACUUGAUCCCCAUCGAGGAGGAGCUGACGGUUCCCUUCGACCUUCACCGCAACAUCAUUGGGCGUCGCGGUGCCAACGUGCGCCAAUUCAUGUCCAAGUACGAUGUGCACGUUGAGCUGCCACCCAGCGAGCUCAAGUCCGACACCAUCAAGGUAUCCGGAACUCCCGCCCAUGUGGCCGAGGCUCGCGAAGCUCUGGAGAAGAUGAUCGAGGAGUACGAAGCCGAUCGGGCCGACCGUGAGCUUCGCUCCUUUGUCCUGGAGGUGGAUGUGGACACCGAGUACCACUCAAAGCUCAUCGGUCGCCACGGCGCCGUGAUCAACGAGCUGCGUGCCGCCCACGAUGUCAACAUUUCGCUUCCCAAGCGGGACGACCCCAACCAGCGCAUCAUCUCCAUCACCGGCUACCAGGCCAAGGCUGAGGCGGCGCGCGAUGCCAUUUUGGAGAUCGUCGGGGACCUCCAGACCCUCCACAAGGAGGUGAUUGAGAUCGACACCCGUAUCCACUCGCACAUCAUUGGCCAUCGUGGACGCAGCAUUCGCAAGAUCAUUGAGGAGUAUAGUGUGGAUAUCAAGUUCCCCACUAACGAUGAAGCUAAAACCAAUCCCAACGCUGUGACUAUCAUCGGCAAGGAGGAGGAUGUGGAGAACGCCAAGGAGUACCUGCUCAGCAUGGCAGAGGACUACGAGCGUGACUAUUUGGAGAACUUGCCGCCAUCGCCGCAGCCGCAGACGGUGGGUGCCUUCCUUACUGGAUCCGGUUCGGGAUCCGGGGCUGGCGGAGCCAGCGAGAACGGCUUUGUCAUCAAGGAUGCGCCGUGGGAGAAGAAGCAGCAGGCCAAGAACCUGACUGCUCCGAACACUCAGUCGCAGGAGGACUUCCCGCACUUUGCUGCUGGCGGGGCUCCGGUGGCCACCGCUCCCAUCACUUCCGUGUGGGGCCCCAAGAACUAAGUGGUCCACCACAAGCAGUAAACAGAAGCAGUAGCAGUAGCAGCAAUACUAGACGUUGGGGUGCGCCGGGGAUCGGAGUUGGAGCUGGAGCUGGAGCUGGAGCAUGACCAGGAGCUGGAUUGGCGGGCAGUGAGCAUCGGGGCAGCGUGCGGGCGUCUCCUUAGUCGAAAACUAGUGUCAAAACGGUAUAGGUUGUCUCUCCCAGGAGCUUUUCUACAACGCAAUUUGUGCAGGUUAAUCGAAAACUAAAACUAAACAAACUAUUUUUGUAUGAUUUGAUAGAGAAUCAAGUACACACACACACCACAAUGACACUCACAACACGCUCACUGACAUGAAAUUGCAUUUAUACAACAAAAAACAAAAACAAAAAAUGGAAAAAAAAAAAAGUAACGAAACAAAACAGACAACCGACUUACAGCCCCCCGGUUCAGUGUUCCCCAGUUCCCCAAUCCAAACCCCGGCCACUUUAUACAUACAAAACUUAAUUGCCAAUUUCUUUUUAUAUAACCAUUCUCCAUUGCAACACAUAAUAUUCUAAUUAGUUGAAGCUCCCUAAGCAUAAGCAGAAAGUUCAGAAAUGGUUUGUUAAUUGAAUUGAAACUGACUAGAGAAGCACGAAAGUCAAGAACGAAAGUAAUUCUAAGCCUAAAGCAUAAAAUGUUAAUUAUUUACAUUUACCCUCGCCACACUCUAAAUCUAAUCGUCUCUAUAUGCAUAUUAUAUGGUUUUUUUUUUUUCGGAUCCACUUCCAUUUCCCUUUCCUGCUCCUGCUCAUCAUCCCGAUUGUCCCAACGCAGCCCCAAGAGUUGUGAUUAUUAUGAUUUAUGCGAAAGUAAAUGUUGAUUGUAUUGUAAAAACGUUUCUUGCGUUGCCCGGGGCAUCAGUGGAAGUGGAGAUGGCGACCAAUUUAACCAGCAAUUAUACAAUUUACACAUUAAUUUACUCUAUUUACCGCACGUCUGCUCCUGCUCCCGAAAUCCACACCAUGAUACACACAAAAAAACAAAACACAACAACAAGAACUAAAAAAACAAAAAACAUACGAAUCCUAUACACAUUUCAAAAUGAGUACCAACAUUUUAAUUUUGUGCAAUCCUCUUGAUUUAUAUUAAAUUGUUUUCGACUUA